UCGAGCGGGACGGACGUGCGCCGCGCCCGCUUCGGGUGUUGCAUCAUCUCAUUUAUUUUUUGAAAAGCGUUUCCGGCUUCGACUGUGCAUUGUGUUAUACCAUUUGUCUAGAUUACAACAUUUUUUCGUUCCAUUCUGUUAUAUCUUGAUUACACUAUUUUUUUUUUUUAUUAUAUUAUUAUUUCGUCCCGUAUUAUAUUUUACGAUUUUGGCCGGAAUCGUCGCCAUUUCUGCGGCGAGUGCCAUUGACUUUGAAGAAGAAGAAGACUGUCUAAGCACUACUACAAAACAUUGGCAAACAAGCAAGAAAUAGCUGUUAUAAAACAGAUACAUCAGGAAAUAUUCUUGUAGUAGAUGGAUAUGUAACAUAUGUUUCUGAAGAAGGACUAGAAUUUUAAAUAUUGUAUGAAGGAAUAGAUUUUGAUUGUGACAAUAUUGUACCAUCAAUAAUAAAAAAAUAUUAAUAAAAUUGCAUGAUAAUGUACUUAAGAAUGCAAUACCAAAUGAAUCAAAUAAUGCGAAUAUCAAUGAAAGAGAAGAAACAUAUAAAGAAGCAUUUUGUUGGACAGAUUCAAGCACAAAAUUGUUCUUGUCUUUGUACAAAGAAAACAAAGAUCUUCUAACUAAGAGAAAAAUUAAAACAAAAAAAAAUAUGUGGCAAAAUAUAUCAUAAAAAAUGACAUUGCAAGGCUAUAUUGUUUCUUCAAUACAAGUAGAAAACAAGUAUAAAUCAUUGAAACGAUCUUAUAAAAAUACUGUAACGCAUAAUAAGAAGACCGGAAGAAAUAGAUUGAGUUGUCCUUACGAGACAGAAUUAACAGAAUUAUUAAGCGGAAAACACAAUAUCGAACCCUUAUUAUUAUCAGGAAAUAAAGGCAUCAUUUUAAGAAAUGAUGGUAAUCGAGAUACAUCUUUAUCUAUCUGUAAUGAAAAUAAUUGCAACAUUAUAAAUACAAAUGUACAAAUAAAAGCUAAACAACAUGCAAUCGGCCAAUAAAUAACAUCGCAUCAGGCAGCAUGUAAUGAACCAACAACGUCGCGUCAGG